UAGCGUGUGGAUGUCUAUCUAAAUUAUCUAAUUUUUGGUAGAAACCUGUGUUUAGAUUAUCUAAUUUUCUAGAAAUCCAUAUAGAUUAGAUAUAGUUCCAAGGGUUUUACUAAAUUUAGUAAAAAGAAAAUACCAAACGAAACAGAGUUUUCUAGACUUCUGAUCGUAUCCUGGCAUGUAAAGUAUCUUACUGUAUCAAAAGAGAAGAUAUUCUCCAAAUAGUAUAGAAAAAUUCCCAAAAAUGAGAAAUAUACACUGUAGCAGUAUAAGCAUAUUGAUAGUAUUCUAAUAUUUCAAAGGCUAAAUUUAGAAAUGUAAUGAAAAGUUGGGGAAUGGGAUUAUAACUAAAAUUACCAUGCAGAUGACUAGAUAAGGGUGAACCAAAGGAAUACGUAAAGUAAAUUAACGCAAAAUCCAUUGUUGUUUACUUGACGCUGCGGAAGUGGUUGAAAUAAUGUGCGGCUAAUAAUUAUUUUCUUACAAAUUUUCUUUGUUGAUUAGAAAGAAAGAAAAAAAAAUGAUUAUGAAAAGAAUCUGAAAUUCAUUUUCUGGUUAUUAGUCAACUCUUGUCUCUUGCCAUGCAAAUCAUGCAUGGCACAUCAACCAUAUCUCUAUCAUUCAGAAAGAAAAACUCAAUCAAAAUCCUGACAUGCAAAUAUUAUUAUCGUAAUCAAUUAAAGAAAAAGAUUAUCGAAGAAUGUUAAGUUUCCGUAUAUAUUUUUUUUUGCUUGAAGUUUCCGUAUAAUUUUUAAAAGCUUCAUUUCUAAUAACUGAAAUUAACAAAACAAAAAAUAAUAUAUAUUAGCAUUCAGUAUCUGGUGAAACUACUAAGAUACUAUUGUUCUCCCUAAAAAUAGAAUGUGAGACCGUAAAAAAAAAUUCUUGAAGUGAUAGUUUUGAUAAUUAUUCACGACAAGUAUAUCCAAACCAUGCAUAGAUUUAAUAUUCCAACAAAGUUUUAUUAUUCUACUUUUAGCAAAAUUUAAAGCUUAUCACUUCAAUUUUGCUUCUUGCCAAAAUUCUACAACUGCAACAAUAUGUUCAAGCCCAUGCAGCAUCUCUCUAUAUAAUAUGUGUGUGUAUGCAAGCAAAACAUAACCCACAACAACAACAACCAAAAAAUGAUGUCCGAGGAGUUCCCUGAUGUAUUCCCUUGGAUACAAAACAUUCCCCAAAUCACCAAAUGGAACACAACUUCUCUUUCCUUUUGUAUUUGUCACUCAGCUUCUGAUUUCCCAAAUUCAACCUUAAAUCUCAUAGCACAAAGAAACCCUAACCCUAAAAUCCCCACUUUCUCCAUCAUUGUCCAAUCCAAUAACCAUCCUCCUUUGUACCUAUGGACCUCUAAACAAGAACUUAGCAUCAACCCAAACUCACCAAACCCUUUUGAUGAACAAACAAUCACCUCUCUACUCUUCGGUUUUGUCGAAUCUAUCUUAACCUAUACCUCUAAUUGUUCCAAUUAUUCAACCAUCAAAGUCCCUAAGCCUGAUCCUUCGAUGAUCAAUGGUCUUAAAGACAUCUUCAAUACAGUGAUCCUCACUCUCUCGUUCCUCGUUUGCGUCUAUGAAGCUCCUUUAUAUCUCCGUGAAAACUGCCUGAUCACCCUGAGGAACCAUUUGGUUACUUGUCAUGCAAGGCAAGCAACAACAUCUCUUAUGAAGCUUCUUGGGUCUAAUUUAGAAGAACAAUGGAUGAGAUCAGUCAAUCUAGCGAUUACAAAUUGGAUCAUCGAGCGUAAGGAUAAUCGGAGUAACACGACCACGACAACUCCUCUGUUCUCUUACGCUUUUUCGACUUAUGGAUUGUGGAAAGUGCAAUUGUAUUGUCCUAUUGAAGCCAUGGAAGUGGAGAGAUCGAGCAACCCUAGAGCUGAUUCGAGAUUGUUGUUCUCUCUCAAGUUUAAUCAGCUCGAAGGUGUGAUGCAGUUCAAUCAUAAAGUUGUAGUUAGAGACAAGUGGAUCGACGUGAUCGUGAAGAUAGACAACAUCAGAUACGAUGUAAUAAAGCUUGUAAACGAGAGACUGAUGUCGAGAAAAGGAGCAGGGGAACACGAGAAGCACUUCCCAUCAAGGAUCUCUUUGCAAAUAACUCCCACUCUCCAAACCGACUUCAUAAGCGUGUCUGUCAGCAAAUCAUCCAACAACCCGGGACGAGAAUUCGAGGUCGAGAGGUCUAUAGAAGGCUCGUUCGACCCACCAAACUCUUUAGGCCUAAGAGUAGCUGGACGAGAAGCCUCGACCAUGACAAUGACCCCAUGGAAGUUCGAGCAGUCCGUGCUCGGCUACACGGCCAAUCUAAACUGGAUCUUGUACGACAGCAGCGUUGGAGGAAGAGAGGUUUUCACGACGAAGCCGUCGAGGUUUUCGAUAAUGAGCCCAAGGUCUUGGUUCAAGGAUAGGUACGCGAGGGCUUAUAGGUCAUUUACGAGGAGAGGAGGAGUGAUAUUCGCAGGGGAUGAGUAUGGAGAGAGCGUGGUGUGGAAGAUUGGUAAAGGAGCAAUGGGGAGAAGAAUGGAAUGGGAGAUUAAAGGGUCUAUUUGGUUAACUUAUUGGCCAAAUAAGUAUAAGACUUUUUACCAUGAGACUCGAAGAUUGGACUUUACGCAGCUUCUUUAUCUCACCAUCGACUAACCAGUAACCACAGCGAUGAUGUUAUACGUAGCCUUUGUGAUCUCUUAUUUGUAUUAAAUUAAGAUUUUUUUUGUUAAAACCUUCGAUGAAAGAGAGAUGUUAAUGAAAGUGGAUUUACGACCGAAGAUAAUGAUUAAGUUAAUUUUCAAAACUGGAUUCAAACACAGGGCAAUAGACUAACCAAACCCUUCUUAGUAUUGACAACAAGUGUGAGACAAAGAUGCUAACUAUAUACGGUAGGGUAGAUUCAUCAGGGUGUUGAAACCGGCAUCUAUCAUCAAGCAUGACACAUCUAACAUCGAUCAAGACAUCAAUCAUCUACAGUUUCAUAGACAGCAGCAACAGCUACAAUCUCAACACGGUUGUGCCAUCUUCCCAAGUCAAUUCUUUUCUCGAACCAGACUAGAAAAAUUCAAGACAAGCCAUGGAAUUAGCAACUUGACAAAAAA